CCGUCACGCCUAGGGACACACGCACUUCCUUCGUAGUACCUAGGCAGGGUCAUAUUCAAGAAGCAAAAGCCCCCAGAUUUUCCCUCUCGCGCCCGCUUACUCGCGCCUGCGCGCUAACGGCUGGUGAUCCCUCAAAUGAAGGUCUUGUUAAAUAGUCACGUUGCUCGUCAUGGCGUUUUCAUUUCAAUUUCGCUUUCACUAGAAUUCACGUUCACCGACUGCGGUGCCGCAGCUGAUACGUGAUUUGUUUCCUUUGAGCCCGUGUAUUCUUCAGUUGCGCACACCAUGUCCAGUGGAGGCAGAGGUAUCAUCGUGCGGAUCUGGAAUAAUUUCCUGUCGUCCAUUACAACCAAACAGAGUCCGCACCGAGAAGUCGGUCGUGAUCAUUUCGGCAACAAAUACUUUGAAAUUGCGGCCGAUCCCAGCAGAGGCAAGCGAAAGCCAAGGCGGUGGUUUGAGCCGCGCAUCAAGGACAACUUCAGCGCGGAUAUGCCCCCCGAGUGGGAAGCUUGGCUGCGGACUCGGCGUGUCUCCCCUCCAACUGAAGAGGAAAUUGCCCGCAACGAAGCCAUUAAGAAAUCAAAGCAACGAAAAGGUGAACUUCUUGAAAGGACAGCCAGAGAGGACUGUGAAAGGAGACAGGGUGGUAUCACCAGCCCACAAUUACCCAGUGACAGCUAUUCUUCUGGGCCAUGUUCUUGCAUCAACGUUCUGCUUCCGAGAAGGACCACAUUUCGGGUUGCUGCACAGUUUCGAGCCGCACAUCGAUGUAUGUGGGCUGCUCCUGGAUAUCGAUCGGUUGAAUGAUUCCUUUGUCACUGCACCGACUUGCAGACCGACGUCAGUGAUGUCAUUCCACGUGGCUGAGGGAGCCUGCAUAAAAGGAGCCACCGGAGCGUGCUUCGACAGUGGGCCUUGCAGCAGUAGUGGCGGCAUCAUGCUGAAAAACCCAUU